CUCGUCUGCCACUGGGGUAUGGAAGCAUGAUGUCAUUGUAAAAACGAAGGAAACUCUGCGAUCAUUGUGCAACACUGAAGCCGAAAAUCUGCCGCGAUUGCAGGCGUUGCAAGAUUGCCCGUGUCGUUCAGAUCGCAUCCCAGAAGAAGAGGCCGAAUGCAUUCGCAGUAACAGAAGCAGCGGGGUAAACCCCCUGUGUUUGCUGAUCAUGAGCAUGGAGGAUUAUGACUAUUUAUUCAAAAUUGUGCUGAUAGGAAAUGCAGGAGUGGGGAAAACCUGCCUCGUCCGACGCUUCACUCAGGGCCUGUUCCCUCCUGGACAAGGUGCCACCAUAGGAGUGGAUUUUAUGAUCAAAACUGUUGAAAUUAAAGGAGUAAAAGUAAAGCUCCAGAUCUGGGACACAGCUGGGCAGGAGAGGUUUCGCUCAAUAACCCAGAGCUACUACCGCAGUGCCAACGCCCUCAUCCUCACCUACGACAUCACCUGUGAAGAUUCCUUCCGGUGCCUUCCCGAGUGGCUGAGGGAGAUUGAGCAGUAUGCUAACAACCAAGUGGUGACAAUCUUAGUAGGGAAUAAGAUUGACUUGGCCGACAAGCGGGAAGUCCAUCGGCAGCGAGCGGAGGAGUUUGCGGAGGCUCAGAGCAUGUUGUAUCUGGAGACCUCUGCCAAAGAGUCGGACAACGUGGAGAAGCUCUUCCUGGACCUGGCUUGCGAACUGAUCCGCGAGGCCAAGCAAAACACGUUGGACAACAACGACUCCACCCCCAUGCCCGGAGAAGGGAAAAACAUCAAUUAUUUGGGUUGCUGCAGCAUGAACUAGUAGACUUGGCCACCCUGUACCCCGCUGAAGAUGAAGGCAACAUGGAUUGCAUACAAAGUGGUUGUAUUGACCAUGACCACUGUUGGUGGAAGUCUACUACUUUUACCCGUCUUCAAAUCCCGGGGUAUUUUUAAUCGUACUCUGUACAUUCAAAAUAAGUAAGAUCAGAUAAAGCUACUUUCAUGAGGGGGGACCGAAGCACCUAGGGGCUUUUACUGCUAGCAGAUAGGUCAGACAAUGAGAUUUUUUACACUUCUGUACAAUGCAGCCGUUGGGAUUACGCUUCUGACUUGGGAGCCAAUUCAUUUGUUUUAAUAGUGAUUUGGGAAAAAGAUAAAAGAAACAGGUCUUCAUUGUCAAUCUCAUCUGUUUAAGGAAAAAGUUCACCCAAAAAUUUAAAUUCUGUCAUUUGCUCACCAACUUUUACUCCUCUGCAGAACAUGAAGGAUGCUUUGAAGAAGGUUAUGGCGAUCUUUUUUAUACAAUGAAAGCAUACAGUGAUCAGGGGUUGUCAAGCUCCAACUGGGCAAAAUAAAAACCAUACCGAUCAACCCCACCUAUAGGUCACACUGCAUAUUGUCGCUGUCCCUCUGAAAUCAGAUGUCCAAUUUAGCUGUUUUUCACUUUUUAUAUGAUUAAAUACUGUGUUGUCAAAGUCAACAGAAACUUUUAAAUAUGUUUUAUUGAUUAAAUAUUUGCAGAAAACCCAGGGACAAACACAAAGGGUGACUAAUACUAAUGAUUUAUGGCAAAAAUCAUAAAAACAGCAGCGAUAUUCAUAAUUUUUUGUGUAAAAAUCAGUGCAGUUUGGCAUCAGUGAUGAGGAUGGUGUGAUGCUUCUUGACAUUUAAAUAUGCACAUUCGUAUAUGAGGCUAGUGUGAAUAAAGUCGAUCAGAUAUAAUAAUUUACAUUUCUCCUGAAUAAAGUCAGUCGGGUUUUGAACAUUAUGAGGAUGAGAAUUGACAGAAGGUUUUUGGGUGGAUUAUUUCUUUAAAAUGCAUUGCCACAAUGCUGUGUGAAAGCAUUUAUUAUUCACGCAAAAUGCUCUUGCUUGUGAAAUCAUGAAUUACGCAUGUCCAUUUGUUUGAGAAAGAAAGCAGACACCAAGUGAAAUUAACAAAUAUUUUAAUUCUCUCAUCAUUUAGUCACCCUCCUUUUUAUUUCAAACCUGUAUGACUUUCUUCUGCAGAACACAGAAGAAGAUAUUUUGAAGAAUGUAGGUAACCAAACCAAAUUGACUUCCGUUGUCACAAAAUGUCACAAAACCACUCAGACAUUUCUUUUAUGUCAUAUACUGGUUUUGAAUGACAUUUGAAUUAAUAAAUGGUAACAGAUUUUUUUUAGUUUUGUGUGAACUAUCCCUUUAAAUCAUGUUUUAUAAGAAUAUACACUCUCCUUAAAGCUUACAUGGAAGUUUGUUUGCCAAUACUAAACACACAUUUUUGAAAACCAUUGCAAAAACCCAAUGAGCCUCUGUCAUGUUUCCAUCCUGCAGAAAACAGCAUUCUCGUCUAAGUUAUAAUUAUAAAUGAUUUUUAAAGGGACAGUUCAAUCAAAAGUGAAAGAUCUGUUAUCAUUCAUUCAUCCUCCUGACGUUUCAAACCUGUUUGACUUUAUUUUGCAUUUAUUUCGGUCUUCACAAUUUGGGCCCCACAUAAUAAUAAUUAAUAAUUUGUUACAUUUAUAUAGCGCUUUUCUGGACACUCAAAGCGCUUUACAUGGAAGGGGGAAUCUCCACAUCCACCACCACACACGAAAACUAAUGCCAUUUAACAUCAAUUGAAUCAAACAUUUCGUGCUAUAUUUGAAUACGGUUAAUUAUUUAGGUUGUUUUUAGGCCCUUUAAGAGAUGUUUCUUUUUAUGAUAUUAUUUUCUAGACAAUUAAGCACAUAUUAUCUCCAAGUCUCAUUACUGUGACUUUUAUAUAUUUGCUUUGGAGUUUGAAAAUCUUGUUCUCGAAGAUGAUUCUCGAAUUAUUCUUUCAGGACACAGUUAUUAAAACUAUUACAACACAACAAAUCCUACAAUUAUAAAAAAUGUUUUAGAAUUGCAAUAUUUGAACAUGGGAAGCAAUGUUCUACACUGUGCAAUAGGCUUUGUUUUUUUUAUGCAAAAAAUAUUUUCUUGUUUGUUUUUUCAUUGACCUGGUCACAGAGGUUUCCAGCAGCCAACCUGCUGAAACCUCCAAAGUCAACAGCGUUUUUUUUACACCCUAGCCAAUGGCACAAUGCACUGUAUAAAAGUCUUAUUUCAUUCCAUUCUUAAAUUCCCCCCAGGAGUUUAUUUAUAACUAUGGAUAUUUUGUCUUUCGGAAGUAUUAGAACUGAAAUGUACCAAGAUGCUUCUAGUUCAAUAAGUCCUGCUUUGGUAAUAACCGUAGCGAUGUGUAAAGCUUUUUGGUACUCGAGAGGCAGAGAGAACAGUGUAUGUGUGUAGUUAAUGUAUGGAUGAGAGAACUGUGUAUUUUCUAGUUGUUGAUAGGGAAUUCCUGCACAAUUGGUUUUGAUGUUUCAAUGCAUCAUAUUGAGGAACACAUGGUUGAGUUUUGUCAUGGUGUGGAACAGUAUGAUCCUGACUUCAUUUGAUCUUUGUUUUGGAAUUGUGUUGUGCAUUUUGUUGGCUUUUAAACGGUCUGGUCUGUGCUGUAAGGUUGUUUGCCACGGUGUCAUUACAAUGGAACUGUGAAUUUACUCUUUUAUACACUUUCAGUAUUUUACUUGCUGCUAAAGAGCAUUUUCCUGCAUUUCCUGCUUUUUUCUUUUAAAACAGACUUUCACCCAGUUCUUGUUGAUGAUUUAACAAUGAUUUAUUGAUAAUUUUGGGAAAAUCCAUUCACUACUACACUGAACAAUGUCUGAGGACCAAUCUUUUUCAUCUUAUUUUGGUUGUCAAUGCCAAUUACUUUGCAGUAUAAUGCAUUUUCAUAGCUGCUUAUCUUAUGAUAUUACGUCUUUUUAUUAACACAUUUUUUCAAGUAGAUACCUUUUUAAUUUUGUGUAAACUGUUUUCUUUGUUACAUGACGUGCCAUGCACAGUAUUGUGUCUGUCGGGUAUAUUUGUGUCGCCUUGUUUUACAGUUACUUGCCAUAUUGUGUUACAUUAUUUACCAAUGACACUUGGAUUAUUUUUAUGUUCAAGGCACUAAUUUCCUAUAUUCUAUUAUUACUAAGUGCUUAUUUUCCUGUAUAGACAUUUUAUUAUAUGAAGUACACUAAAUAGCAGGAGGUAACAAGUCCUUGUGUAGUAACGACAAAAACUUGCUGAAUCCACCAGAUUGUUAAGUAGAUCCAUUUGUUGUUUUAGUGUGUGAUGCAUUAGAAGGUUGUGAUGCGUUAUGUAUAAUAUCAUAACCGAAGAGCUGAACCCACAACUGCAACUCAAUUCAAUACCUAAAAUGUUUCAUUUAAGCAAUUCUGUUUGUGUACCUUUUAAUUUAAUUUUCUCUCUAUAUAUAUAGACUGUAAGUUAAUACAUUUCAUCAAAUAAACAUGGUAAUGACACUA